AUGGAGGGACAGCGAUUGUCAAGUGAUGAAAAUGGAGUUAAAUCGUCUAAAGGAGACGUUAAAAAGACAUUCUCGAUUCUUCCCUCCCCGAUUCAACUGUCGACCAUAAUUGUGCCUGGAGCUCAUUGUGUACGUCAUAUCUCUAUUGCGACGUCAGACAGAAUAAACGUGCACAAAUACUGUGAUGAGCUAUUACAAAUAGACCAUGAUGGAAAAAUAUUACAAAAUAUUUCUAUAUCUUUCACACAUGGUGGUUUCCACGACACCACAGAGAAGGGAGACCUGUUAUUUGUUGAUCAAGAUGGAUACAACAUCAAAAAGUUUUCAAACGGGGAAACUAUCACACUUUUUACGACAGACUGGAAGCCAUAUUGUAUUCACUACUCUCGGAUAAAUGGGGACAUACUUCUAGUUCAACAUUUCCUCACACCAAAAGUAAAAUAUCUCAGCAAAGUCACGAGACAUGACAGUACCGGCUGGACACAGGUCAUAAAGGUGAACCAGAGAGGAAGGCGACUCUAUGAAAACAGACCCUCAUUCAUCACAGAGAACAGGAAUGGGGAUAUCUGGACGUCGGCAUACGGGGGUCAAGUCGUAGUAGUAAAUAGCUCAGGACAUCAUCGCUUUAACUACACAGGUCAAACAUUCCAGUCUCAUUUUAGGCCCAGCGGUAUCUGCACAGAUAGUUUUGGACAUGCAUUGGUGUGCAACUGUUGGUCAAAUGAUGCAUGCGCAAGUAUUCAUCUUCUGGAUCAGGAUGGUCAAUUCCUACGUCUGUUGAUGACGUCAGACGAUGGACUACUUCGUCCCAGUGCUCUUUGUAUUGAUGAUAAACACAACCUCUAUCUCGGUCAGGAGAAUAAUAACAUAAUUACUGUGUACAAGUAUCUGCAAGUCUCAGGAAACUAA